CCCGAGGAAGAAGAGGGCAGUUCUAUCCAUGACAGUACAUAAGAUAAGAUGUUUUCUCUCAACGUCGGAUCCGAUUUCGAGAUCCCGCUGCCUCCGGUCUCUAAAUGGUAGCUGGUAUCCCAUCGGCUGCUAGAACGCAUCCGCGGCGACCGCGCAACUGGGCUGGAUCCCUUGUCUCGAUCUACUAUCCUACGCAGAAACCGGUAGAUCGGGGCUGCACGUAUCGUCUCAUCUCCGUCGAGAUCUCCGGUCGGGACUUUCCGUGCAAUAAUUCACCGUUUCCCGCGUUGGCUUGGCAGUCGAACCCCCUGGAUUCCUCAGGCGGAAACAACGGCGCGCCUAAGCCGUCGUCCACCUCGACGGGGUUCUUGAAGGCGGCGGCGCGCUUCUUCCGCAAUUUGUUCAAGAUGAGCGCGUUCUUGGGGCCGAAGCCGAAGCCGGCGGGAGCCAAGCGCACGGCUCAACGGCUAGAAGAUUUGAAAUUCGAGCUGAAGAGGACGAUGAGGAUGCUAGAGGCGGAGACGAUGGACGCGGGGGCGCUGGAUCCGCACUGCACGCGGCACAAGGCGACGAGUUUGGUGUGCUACGGGGGCAGCGGCGCAUCUCCGAUCGUUCCGGCGCAGAACGCGGGGAGGGCGCUGCCUCCCCCCGGCGCAGUCGCGGGGAUGAUGGGAAGAGGCGGAGGCGCCGUUGGGGAGUCGUUCCGACGACCGACCAUCGAGUUCUCGCGCGAUCCCUGCAUCUCGCCGCGCCUGGAGGACCCCACUCUCCUCGUCACUGUCAAGAAUGUGCCUAACGGAGCCUGCGGCGCCUGCGGUUCAAACGUCUGGGUUGUCAGCUUCUACUAUCGCCAUGCCUUCUGUAUAGACUGCGGCAGCCAGCCUCCCUCCGGUCUUAAUGUCCUUACCGAUCUGUACAUUGCGGCUCUCUCCUCGGGGGAACAAGUGGAGGAUCAUCACACACGUCUCGAGAAGUAUGCGCAAGGGACGCAGAGCAAUUGGGUGCCCACCGUUGGCAAGUACGUCAGCAGGCUCGACGAGUUCUCGGCGGGAUACGAGAAGACCUUGCUGAUUACGGUGAUGGUCAGAGACACUGAGUGUUGCGACUGCACGUGGAGAGUGGGGUCGGCGCAGAACUUCGGGGGAUGGACUUGGGCCGUCAGUCUGUUCUAUAGGGAGGGGGAGGAUGCUUUAGGGAGAGAAUGCAGUUGUAGAUUUGGACAAUGGUCCACAGCUGUGUCUCUGCUGAAGAGAGGAAGGAGAAGGAAGAAGAAGGACGAAAGGAAGGAGAAGGACAAAAGGAAGGAGAAGGAAGAAAGGAAGGAGAAGGAAGAAAGGAAGAAGGAAGAAAGGACAAAGGAAGGAGAAAAAGGAAAGGACGAAGGAAGGAGGGAAGGAAGGAGAAGGAAGGAAGGAAGGAAGGAGAAGGAAGGGAGGAAGGAAAGAAGGAAGGAGAAGGAAGAGAGGAAUAAAGGAAGAAAGGAAGGAGAAGGAAGAAAGGACAAAGGAAGGAGAAGGAAGAAAGGAGAAAGAAAAGAGGAAGGAGAAGCAAGGAAGGAAGGAGAAGGAAGGACAAGGAAGGAGAAGGAAGGAGAAGGAAGAAAGGCAGGAGAAGGAUGUAUCUGACCGCAAUUACGUCCCGAAAAGCAAGUAAAACAGCUCUGGUGUG